UUGGUCGUCCAACAUUUUCUGACUGGUUCACGUGACCGCGUGUGUUGACGAAGGACACCAACCUGGAGAAAUGUGCGACUGAGUGCGAACUGUGCAAGAUGUCGCAUUAGAGGAUUAUUAUUAUUGUUUUAGGCCAAACGCGUAAAGAGUGAGUGUGUUUGUAAAUGGCGUGGACGGCAGCGGGCGGUGCGUUAUGGCGGACUCGAUGCCGUGUGGACCUGCAGGCUCCGGUGCGCACACACGGUUUGGGUUUCUCGGCAGCGGGCAGCCGCCGGUGCAGCUCCAAACCGGACAGGGCGACCAAGAGAUCUAACUUCAGGCCGGCAGCCGACUCCACACGCGACUGGAUCGGUCCACCAAACCAUCUGUCAAACCUGCGGCCCAUCAUCUACCACAUCCCGGAGAACGAGACGGAGCUGGAGAGGCGUCUGAGGAAGCUGAGGCAGGAGACGGAGGAGUGGAACCACAACUUCUGGACCAUGCAGAACGUCACCUUCAGCAAGGAAAAGGAGGCUUUUAUCAUCUCACAAUUGAAGGCAAAAGGCUUGUCUCAGCGUGAUGAGCAAGGACGACGGCGAUCCCUCAACAGCGAGGAAAUGGCAGUGUUUUACAAAAGCUUCUUGGACAAAAACAGAAAAAGACAUGCAAAUUACAACAAGGAAUGGUACCGACGCAACUUCACCAUCACCAUGCUCAUGGGCCGAGUCGCCUUCCACAACACGUGGAAAACUAUUGCAGAGAAAUGCAGUGGCAAGAAGAAGAGCACUCCUACUACGUGAUAAUAAAUAAAACAUUCACCCCCCACCAUCAGCUUUGUGUCUGGCUUUAUUUUUAGUGCAUCAUGCCCUGCUGUUAUUUGCUUGCACAUCACCAGGGAUUUAGAUAUUUUUCCUUUUUUUUUUUCAUGAUUUCAGUUUUGCUCAUAGAAGUAAUUUUAGAUACAUACAUGCAACACAUUUCCAUGGCUCAGUGGAAGCCAGAAGAAAAGUGUAACUGUUGUUUGAUUUAUUUGCUCUGUCUGUCUUUCCUGUGAGCCUCCAGCAGCCGCUCAUCUGAAAGGCGUUGGGGUGAAAGAUUAACUAAAAUGAAAGGGAGCUUGUUCACACCUGCCUGCAUAUUGUAACAUCCAUGAUUGCUCUGUCAGUGAUUAAUCGCUUCAUUUUCCCAAAAUGACUUGCGACAUCCCCCAGAGAAGUCCAAGAACUUGUUGCAACCAGGGGCGGGUUAGCAAGACAGCAAGAAUGCAGUUGCAUUUCUUUGGAAGAAGUUUCAAUCCCUGCCUCAGCUCUCGGUUGGUUUCUGAUUGAAUGAUGCUGCAAAACAAAUGUGGAGUGCAGAAGGAAAACAUUUGAUCUUUAAUUUUCAGUCACUGACAUCAAAACCCGGGCUGCUUUUGCCCAAUUAUUCACUAGAUGGAGAAAUAUACUCCACGAAACAAAAUGCACCUGGAAAUGUGCUGUAAUCUUGAUUUAACUGAUUAAAUUAACAGGGGAAAGGAAAAUACAGGCACAUGACAGUAAACAAUGCAAUGUAACCCUGGAACAAUGUAUAGCAGUGAAUGUACCAGAUAAAUUUAGCCAUGCCAUGCAAGGAGCAUGCUGGUAGCAUUUUGUUUAGUGUUUAAAACUGGAAAAAAGUGGUUUCCAGUUCUUUGUUAAAGGUAUAGUUCACCCAUUACGAAAAAUGUUGUAGUAGGUGGGCAGCAGCUGGGUCGCAUUAAAACUGAAUGUGUUACUGACUCACUGCCUGUUGCAUUUUCCAUGCUGAGUUUUCCUCAAAAGUUGGACUGUGAUACUUGCACCUUGCUUCAGCCUGCGCUCAGCCGCCUUGUGUUGUUCCCCCGGCACUGACAGAGCGCGUGGACCUGCAUCUGAAAUACAUGGAUGUCAGGGAUUUGGGAGCACAGGAGCUGAGUGGGUAGUUUUAUUCUGGAUUUUUGAUAUUCCAAGUCAUGUUUAUUUUGCCACUGUAGCCUAAGCUGUCAUGUAAUCUCAUCAGUUAGUUUUGUGAUAUUGUUCGAUGUGAUUCAGAGUCAUUUAUUAAUUUGUCAAUUUAACAUAUUUGAGUUGUAUGUAUGCUUUCUUUUUUAUUGCACAUGUCACCGCUCAACUUCAUCCACUGACUGUAAUGCCACAGAAAAGAUGAUAAACGCUGUAAAA